AUGGUGGAUCCACUCAAGGCUCACAACUGCACCAAUGAAAGCGAUCAGUACGUGGAUGUAUUGGGGAAAACAGUGCAGUGCACCGCGGGUGAUAUCAUGACGAAGGAGAAGCAGGAGAUUCUGGAAUAUUCGAUUAUCCCCGAGGCUGUGAAGCUGCAUGCAGACCGGCUGGCCGUUGAGCCCUUGACUUACCCCAUCGUUGCGCCGAAGUACAGGGAUACGAGUGUUUGUGGCCGGCUCAACAUCCCCAAGGAGCAUCACACCACUGGUGUUGACGGCGCCGACAUGGUGCUGUACGCCACUGCUGCGCCGACGGUUGAUGGCGCCUUUGCGUGGGCGGCGACGUGCGCGGUGCACCCCAAUGGGCGGCCGCUGAUUGGCGUGAUCAACUACAGCCCGCGCCACAUUGCACGCACGUCGCAUGCCGUCCGCGUCGCCGCACACGAGAUUGCGCACACCCUUGGGUUCAACGUGGAGACCAUGCAUAAGCGGGCGAAGCUGGUUGGGAUUUCCACCUACGAGGCACGUGGAAAGGAGGUUUACAUCUUUGAUGCUGCGAAGACAAAACAAUGGGGAGCGUAUCACUACCAGUGCAAGGGCUUUCAUGGCAUGGAGAUGGAGGACAGUAUGACGUGGGCAGCCGAUGAACAAUCCGCUAAGGUGUCGCAAAGCACUUCGUUGGGGUUGAAGUCUGCUGUUGCUCUUGGAAUUCAAGCACAAAAGGGGACUACUGGGCGCCAAAUGUCUAAGAAACGUCAAAGCGACAGGACCGAGUGGGAUCUGUCCACAAAGAUGGGUGUGAGCUCCCACUGGAAGCGGCUUCUUGCGAAGGACGAGCUGAUGGCCGGUCUUGUGGGCGUUGGUCGCUACACGGCGAUAACGCUUGCAGCUUUUUCUGAUCUGCAGUUUUACAGUGUGGACAUGUCCAAGGCCGAACCGAUGAGCUGGGGAAAUUACUCUGGAUGUGAUUUUCUGAAGAGCAAGAGCUGCGUUACAAACGGCAAGUCUAACUAUCCCAGCAUGUUCUGCGACAAACAUGAUGAUGCUCUGCUGCGGUGCACCUCUGACCGUCAGGCGUUGGGGAAGUGUGUUACUGGAAAGUACGACGAUCUUCCCGCGAUAUACAGCUACUUCAAAACCCCGACGGAUGAUGGCAAGGUUCUUGGUGGCAGGCGGGAGGACAUGAUGGACUACUGCCCCAUUAUUGUGGCGGACAAAGGCUUCAGCUGCACUGAUGGAAACGAGAGCAACAUGCCGGGGAGUCUGAUUCGCGAGAACUCGCGGUGCGUGGAGGGGAAGGAUCUGAAGGUGGGGGACACGCCGAUUGGCGACGUGUGCGUGCAGAUGAAGUGCGCCAGGGGCGGCGUGUACUUCCGCAUAGCCGGCAACAACACCUGGUACGGCUGCCCUGAGGGUGGCUCCCGCAACGUGACGAAAAUAAAGGGUGCGCUGACUGGCACUAUUGUGUGCCCGAAUGUGUCUGACGUGUGCCCUACGAAGCUGCCGUCGCUGAGGAGGCGUAGCGGGGCAUCGGGCCGUCACGUGCCGUCCACCGUGCUGCAGAUGCUGGCGAACAUCUUCCAAGGGAGACGCAGGACGGGCAGUGGCCUCGAGGAAAACAAGCCUGUCACGGGAGGUUCUACGCCAGACUCUGUCGACACCAGGGACGCUGCUGUGGCAAACGCCAACGAGGCUCAGACCGUACAUGAAACCGGAGUUAUUUCUUCCACAGGAGCGCUACAAACUGGCGGUGACACAUCCUCUAUUCAUCAGGCGUCGGACGCUGCGUCCAGCGUUGAUCCCAGCCCCUCCAACGAAGAACAUGGCAGCCUUCGAACAGAGGGAACUACUGAUGGAUCUAUUUCGCAUGGAAACGAAGGCAACUCAGCCGACAACACAGGAAGUCAGGCAUCUGUUAACAUAAGACGUGCCAGCAUUGUUAAAACACACGGCAAGAACCUUGACCUGAAGCUGAAUGCCGAUGGCAGUGCUGCUGCCUCCGCCUUGGCGCCGCUUGUGUUGGCCGUCGUGGCCGCCUCUGCGAUCAUGGCGCACUGA